UGAACGCAACACCCUCGCCUUGUGGAAUGACGUGUCAAGUAAGAGCCGGAAGCUUCCAGUCUGUCCAAAAUGGCUUACCAGACCCUACAGCAAGAGUAUUUACAGAUUCCUAUUGUUACCCGGGCAUAUACCACCGCCUGUGUCCUCACGACUGCUGCAGUGCAACUAGAGAUCAUCACACCAUUUCAGCUCUACUUUAAUCCGGAUUUGAUUCUAAGGAAUUACCAGGUAUGGCGACUAAUAACCAACUUCCUGUUUUUUGGUCCAGUUGGCUUCAAUUUCCUGUUCAAUAUGAUAUUUCUGUACAGAUACUGUCGCAUGCUGGAGGAGGGCUCCUUCAGGGGCCGCACGGCUGACUUUGUCUUCAUGUUCCUCUUUGGGGGGCUUCUGAUGACUAUAUUUGGCACGUUUGUUAGUCUGGUGUUCCUGGGCCAAGCCUUCACCAUCAUGCUGGUGUACGUGUGGAGUCGGCGGAACCCAAACGUUCGCAUGAAUUUCUUCGGCCUGCUCAACUUCCAGGCACCCUUCCUCCCCUGGGUGCUGAUGGGAUUCUCCCUUCUGCUGGGCAACUCCAUCAUUGUGGAUCUUUUGGGUAUCGCUGUGGGUCAUGUGUACUUCUUUCUGGAGGAUGUUUUCCCCAACCAGCCAGGUGGGGGCAGAUGGCUGAGGACCCCGUCUAUCAUAAAGAUGCUGUUUGACACGCCAGAGGAAGAUGCCAACUACAACCCCCUGCCGGAGGAGCGCCCGGGGGGGUUUGCCUGGGGAGAGGGACAGCGCCUUGGAGGUUAAACGGCCCCCAGAUGGUCCCUGUCUAUCAGGUCACUUCCAAGGACAUUCCCUCAGAGAGAUGAAGGGACAAACAUGGUCUUUGUUUCUGACUUGUUUGAUUAGUUGUGGAUGAAGAAUGCCAAACAGCCAGAGCUGCUUUUGAGAUAACCGUCUGUUGUCUUUGUAUAUGGGCUCAAAUCAUCCCCAGAAACUCUUCUUGAAGCACGAUGGUUGCUCUAAGACUAUUUAAGAGAAAAAUCUCUUCAGAUGGAACUCUGGAUGGAGAGCCUCCGGGCUCGGGUGAUGUUCGUCUUCAUCUAAAAAAAUCUUGAUAUAAAACAACUGUCAUAAUGGAAAACAUGACAGUGAUAAAAUAGCAAUGUGAAUUUAUUCAGAUUGCGAGUGCAUUUUCUUUCUCAUUUACCUUUUAAAAAAAAUAAAUGUGUGUGGCAAAUGAA